AUGGACAAACAUAAAAGGUAUAAUCAAGAAUAUGUUCAGACUAUUUCAAAUGAUAAUGAUAGGAAUAAUAGCAAUAAUAGCAAUAAUAGUCAAGAUGAAGGUCUUCCUUCCUUUUCCGUUCCCAGUCUAUCGAUUAAUGUGGCUACUUCACAAUCUCCUGUGCUGAUACCUACUCCCUUAACCACACCCAUUAUAUUUCCAUCAAGCGAUAAAAAGAAACCUAGAAGGAAACCUCCACCAAUAGACUUCACCAGUGUGGUUGGCAGUGCUCUGUAUAACGAAGCAGAUCAUCAUAGUACAGUUCGUCCACCAGUGAAACCUCUUAGUAAGGCUAGUACUUCUAGUAGUCUAAAUACUUCCAUGAGUGGUUCUACUGGUGGGUUAUUGGAUGUAUCUGUUUUGGAGCACAGUUUACCCAAUUUAAGUCCAAUACUAUCUCCCUAUUGUGAAAUAAUGAGACCAGUGACAACCAAUGAAUCUAAAUCAAAUAUGACAAGUCUGCCAGAUAGCAUAGAAGAUCAUCAUUCAGAUGCCACAAAUACAGAAAGACGAAAUUCUUCAAAUGAGGGCCUUUUAUCACGUAUGGAGGUGUUUGAUACUCUUACCAGUGAUGAUUGGCAUUAUAUUGCCAACUCAAAUAAGAUUAUUGAAUUAUCAAAAUUAGGAGAAGGUAACGGAGGGAGUGUUUCAAAGUGUAAAUUAAGUCAAGGAUCUAAAAUAUUUGCAUUGAAACUAAUUAACCCUGAUCCUAAUCCUGAUACACAGAAACAGAUCACUAGGGAAUUACAAUAUAAUCAAAAAUUCAAAUCACCUUAUAUUGUGAAGUAUUAUGGAACAUUCAUCAUAGAAAGACAAUCAAUGAUUGGAAUUGCUAUGGAGUUUAUGGGUGGAAGAUCUUUAGAUGCAAUUUAUAAAAAGAUUGCUGAAAUGGAUCCCAAUAACAGAUUGAAUGAAAAGGUUUUAGGGAAAAUAGCUGAAUCUAUUCUUAAAGGAUUACAAUAUCUUCAUCAACAAAAAGUUAUUCACAGAGAUAUUAAACCUCAGAAUGUAUUGGUAAGUUCUGAUGGAUGUAUUAAAAUAUGCGAUUUUGGGGUUAGUGGUGAAGCUGUUAAUAGCCUUGCAACUACGUUUGUGGGUACACAAUAUUAUAUGGCACCAGAGCGUAUAGAGGGGAAGCCAUAUACUCUGGCAUGUGAUGUAUGGUCACUUGGAUUAACUCUUUUGGAAGUUGCUUCUUGUAAAUUCCCAUUUGGGUCAUCAGGCUCAACAAAUAGUAGCGGAUCUAUUUCACAUCCUUUAGGCCCCAUUGAAUUACUUUCAUUAAUAUUGGAAGCCGAACCAAAAUUAGAGGAUGAACCAGAAAAGGAUAUAUUUUGGUCUGAAGCAUUUAAGAACUUUAUUCUGUUUUGUUUAAAGAAACUGCCUUCAGAAAGACCUAGUCCUUCUCAAAUGCUUACCCAUCCAUGGUGUGUACAUCAAAUGUCAAUCAAAGUGAAGAUGAAAAAAUUCAUCAAUCGUAUUUGGAACGACUUGGAUGAUUGA